AUGGCCCCGACGAAGUCUGAGCCCACUGCAGUAAAAUCAAGCCGGAGCUCAAACCCGGCUAGAAAAGUGCGAAUAAUCGGGAAAAUUAGGGGUUUUACGGACAGCGAAUCUGAAACUCACAGCUCAGAUUCAAACCCAUGGAUCACCAUCGAGAAAUUGAAGGAAGACGUCCCUGCUGGAAAAUCGACGGUAUUUCUCGAGAGUCAGUCCGCCAGCAGGAAAGAUGGGUACGACCUGGACCAUUGCUAUGAUAAACAUGAUGACCUCGGCCAUAUAUACUCCAGAGAGAUACAACCCAUGAUUUCAGACGUUUUUAAUGGCCGAAAUGCAUCAGUUAUUGCUGUAGGGGCAAAAGGGAGUGGCAAAACUCACAGCAUCCAGGGGACUCAAGGGAAACCUGGUUUGGCCAUGAUGGCAAUGGCCGAAAUCCUUUCGAAGGCAGAGGAGCUGGGAAAGUCGGUUUCUGUAUCUCUAUACGAGCUGACACAAGAACACGCUAAAGAUCUUUUAAAUCCCGAACAUCCUACUAUCCAAGUUUUGGAAGACGCUUGGGGAAAAAUCAACCUUAAAGGACUUUCUCAGGUCCCGGUCAAAUCUAUGUCAGAAUUUCAAGAUAUAUACCUCAGUCAGGGAAAUUUACUCAAUGCUCAGAAGUUACCAUCCGAUCAUCCACGCAACAAGGGCUUGAUGGUGCAUAUAUUAUCUGAAGAUGACAAACUGAAAGCCGCCAACAAGAUUAAUUUUGUUGAUUUAGCAGGGUAUGAGGAUCCUCGAAAAAGUAGCAGAGAUGGGGUCACGCCCAAUGACAACAGUAGGAAAAACAAAUUGUUGUUUGCUUUACUUAGUGUUGUCAAUGCAAUUAACUCAAGCGAAGUUCGAGUGCCGUAUCGAGAAAGCAAACUCACUCGAAUAUUGCAAGACUCGCUUGGUGGAACAAGCCAUGUUUUGCUGCUUGUUUGCUUGAAACCUUGCUUUUGCCAAGACUCUCUUAGUUUCAUAAGUUUAGUCUCUCGGACAUGUCGAAACGUUAAGCAAGUAUUGACUGAUUCUACCAAUAGAAGUCAAAGUUCAGUCAAAGUGAAGAUGCUUUCUUCACUAGAAAGUGGAAAAGCAAUGUCUACUUCAUGUAGUGUGAAAAGGCAGGUUGGCAAUAGUCGGUUUCUGUCUGCAAAGAAGGCUAGUGGCUCUGUUAAGGGAAGGAAACUCUUUGAUGAAGUCAAGAAGGUCAAUCAUUAUAAGAACCAGUUGAAAUGCCAGUCUGAAGAGGUUUCAACUCAAAAGUCCAAAAUUCUUCCAGACCUUGCUUUGGCUGUUACCCCAUUUUCAUUAGAAGAGGCCCAUACAUCCAAUUCAGAAUGUUGUUCGACUGUGGAGCCUAAUGAAAAUGUAAAUAUUGAAGAACCCGAAUAUCAGUCUAAGUCCAAGUUGCAAGACACAUUGUUGUCAAAUGGUCCAAAUGAUAUGCUCAAAACGAACUCUUCUCCUCAAGGUGGAGCUACUCAGGCCGGGACUAAUCUGAAUUCAGGAACAAAGACAAUGGAAGCAGAUAUCAUCACGUGUGAAGGUGGCAACUCGUCACGCAAGAAAGAUGAUGGGUCCCCACCACUCAGCGAAAGAAUUAAGGAAAUAUCUAACAAUCUAAAAUCUUUAUGCGCAUCAUCAACACCAUUGAUGGUCAAUACACAAGAGAGUGUGAUUGCACCCCACAACAAUCAAGCCGUUCACUUCGAGAUUAUGGAACCAAAAACUCCUGCUAUGAAACAUUGCAUUGCAAGAUUAGGCAGUCCCCAAGGCACUUUUAGUAACCGAAGUUCGGGCAUGAAGGGCAUUGGAGAUAAAAGAGCUACAUAUAUUCUUGAUCUUCGUGAGGAAUCUCCUGAACCAUUCAAGACUCUUGAUGACUUGGAGAAUAUUGGCCUUUCAGCAAAACAGAUCAAAGGGAUGAUGAAAAAGGUGGCUGGAGAUCUUUUCAAUUAG